AGAGGCAGGGUGAAAACGCUUAUCCUUCACAAGCAGCGGGGAGAGCAGACUUGCAGAGGAAAAUGGAGGGAACCCUCUCCUUGUCUUACGUUUCUUCAUAUUGUUUCCCAAAUCCCAAUCACUGUACACGCUGGGGUAGAAUCUUCGGUCCCCGUGCUUUCGAUUCCAUGGCGGGGGCUUCCUCGAGCACCGACAGAACGCCUAAGCUUCACUCUGGAACUUCGUCAAACACAGCAGUUUGCGUGCCUCCAAGUUCAAGGAAGAGGACCCAUAAAGUGAACACCGAGGUUUCUCCUCAUAGAGCAGUUUCUGCAGUGAGAUUGUUGAGAAUCGAACAGGGCGGGGCGUUUGCUGAUCUAUUGAGUGAUAAGGGUCGGAAAGCUCUGAAGAAUGAGAUGGAUUAUGUUGAGAGGACACUUGGUUUUCGGACCCGGGAUUUGGAGGAUAGGGAUGUUAGAUUGGUUUCAGAUGUUGUUGGAGGUGCUGUUAGGUGGAGAAGAUAUCUUGAUCAUCUUAUCAUGUCUCUUUGUAAUGGGGAGAAGACAUUUAGAGACAUGGAACCACUCCUGCUACAGAUUCUUCGCAUUGGUUUCUUUGAGAUCAUCAAGCUAGGGAUGCCACCUUAUGCUGUUGUUGAUGAGAAUGUUAGACUUGCUAAGGUUUCUCUCAGACCUGGUGCAGGGAACAUGGUAAAUGGGAUUUUGCGGAAGCUUGUUCUGCAUAAGGAAAAGAAUUUUCUGCCCCUACCUAAAGUAGAAGGUGAUGAACGAGCACAAGCACGUGCUCUUGCAACCAUCCACUCGCAUCCUGUUUGGAUGGUGAGGAGGUGGACAAAAUCUCUCGGGCAGGAGGAAGCUGUGAAGCUGAUGAAUUGGAACAAUACCGAUCCAAGCUUCUGUCUCAGGGUGAACCUUCAGAAAGGUUAUACAAGAGCUGACCUUGUGAUGAUGCUGAAAGAUAUGAAGGUUCCUCAUAAGGUGUCUGUGUAUUUGGAUGAUUUUGUUCGCUUACAAACUGGCAUGCAGGCCGUUAUUCAGGCUGGCCUGCUGAAAGAUGGUUUCUGUUCGGUUCAGGAUGAGAGUGCAGGCCUUGUGGUCUCUGUAGUGGAUCCACAACCAGGAGAAACCAUAAUUGAUUGCUGUGCGGCACCUGGUGGAAAGGCCGUGUUUAUGGCAUCUCGCUUGAGAACUCAAGGUAGAUUGUGGGCAGUUGAUAUAAAUAAAGCCCGUUUGAGAGUGCUAAAAGAAACAUCCAAGAUACACAAUGUAGAUACUGUUAUCACUGCCAUUCAUGCGGACCUUCGUUUGUUUUGUGUAAACCAUCUUAUGAAGGCUGAUAAAGUAUUGCUGGAUGCUCCUUGUUCUGGUCUUGGUGUCCUGUCCAAGAGAGCGGAUUUGAGGUGGAAUAGAAGAUUAGAAGACUUGGGGCAGCUGAAGCAAUUACAGGAUGAACUUCUUGAUUCUGCUUCCAGGUUGGUAAAGCCUGGUGGGAUUCUAGUUUAUAGCACUUGCUCCAUUGACCCCGAGGAAAAUGAGGAGAGGGUUGCAGCAUUCCUACUCAGGCAUCGGGAAUUUGCUGUGGAUCCUGUACAUAGAUUUGUUCCUGCUGGGUUUGUCAGUGCAAACGGCUUCUAUAAUUCUGAUCCAAUCAAACAUUCUAUGGAUGGGUCGUUUGCAGCUAGGCUGAUCCGAUCUGUGAGCUAUUCCUUCUAAGCACCAAAUGGGGUUGAUGCUGAAAGCACUAUGACAUAUCUAUCCAUUCAUUCAACAUGAAAAUCUGCUCUCAUCUUGCUGAUGAUUCCUCUAUUUCAUGCUCAAGUGUCCAAUAUGAUCAUAUUCAGGUUACAAAAAAACUUAAAUCUAGUCCAAAUUCUUAUCAUCAAAGUCAAAUGGUUUAUUUAUUUAUUUAUUUAUUUAUUUUUUUCAUAUCCAUUUAUAUGUCCUCUGUUUUAUGAUAAAUUAUUUUGUGCGGAGACCGGACGCAGAACGCCGUCUGGAGACCAACCAAAAUGCGACACAUCAGUGGUACCGAGCCGCGGUACCGAGCACAGGGGUGACAUGGCGCAUUCUGAUUGGUCUUUGGAUGACGUUCAUCGUCCGCACAGAAUAUAAUUCUGUUUUACAGCAUUAUUGCAACUCAUACUAAGCAUCUCCAUUGAUCGAAACCUGGAAGAUAGGCUUCAAAUUCAGGUUGCGGUUUUUUAUCUAAUUCCUUUAACAAUUUAAGAUAUUAAGUAAUACUUGUGAAUGAAAGACCAUUGAUGCCAUAUUCCUUAAACUAGCCUUGUGACAGUGUGUUCAUCUACUGAAGAAUACUAUAUAGUAUUUUUAGAUUCUUGCUCAGGAUGCUUUGGGUUGCAGGAGACUGCACUGAUACCUACCUUGUUUUUGUCUACUUUUGAGUCUAUUGAUGAAUAAUUAAGAGGAUUUUUUAUGCAA